AUGCUAUUCUCAGUCUCUUCGCUUUAUACUUGCUUUCAUUCUAAAAUAUUCGUGUUGCAGGACGCGACCAGUGAAGGUGACAGCGGCAGUGAAAACGAAGGUGACAGGGAGUGUGAUGGAGAAGGAACGACGGAAGUCAACGGCGAUGGUGAAUAUGAACUAGACCGGGAAGAGCCGUCUUCCCCAUCCGCGCAUGAAUGGAAGAUUAUUCUGAUGAAAGCUGAAUUUGCUGAGGAUCUCUCCGACCAAAUACGCAAAAUGAAACCGUAUGAAAGAUGUCAACAAACGGGUAGUAUUGUAACCACCAAAUCAUUCAGAAAUCUCGUCCAGGGUUUCUGCAUGUUCCUUGAUUGCGGCACGAAGAUCAAUGUUAAAGUUAUGAAAAAUUUGACACGUAAAGUAUUUGCUUGUUGUGAUCUGCUCUUCGAGAUACUUCGCGUUCUUCCAAAUCAGUUGUUGCAUUUCCGAUGUGACUCUAUCUCUACCUGGUUUAAUGUCUUUCAUUUCCUCAAGUUCAUCCCCGAUCCACAGCUAGCAGUUACACCACGAAUGUUCAGCGUAACAAAUCACCCUCUUAGAAGACAGAGAAAGAGAAAACUGGUCAAAAAUUUCCAAGAAGCUUGGAUUGGUCUAAUGAGGUGUUCUGUUCCUCCCAAAGUACUUAUUGUAAUGAUACCGCACAUAACCGAAAAUGUCCUAGACAAACUUGAUGAACCUCAUAAAACAGCGGAAUUCUUUUUCAAGGCAUUUGAUAAGGGUGAUAUGUUUGCGAUACUCUCUCUGGCUGCGAUUUUCAAGCUUAUAGUGUCGCAUAACUUUGAAUAUCCUAACUUUUACGAUCAUGUCUAUUCUCUGACGAAGCCUGCAGUACUGUAUCUUGACCAGAAGGAAAAAUUUAUAUCACUUCUCGACAAAUUCCUGUCAUCCACGCACAUACCUAACUAUGUUGUUGCCGGCUUUGCGAAACGUCUGUCGCGGAUGCUUCUUCUUGCUCCGUUGGAUGCUCAAGAACCGGUUCUUGGGCUUAUAAGAAAUCUACUCACCCGACACCCCAUUGUCUCGUCGCUUAUUCAUCGUGACCUGCCAGAAACUUUGCCUUCGGAUCCUUUCAACGAUAACGAAUCUCGGCUCAGUGAAUGUGGUGCUGUCAAUAGCUCUCUAUGGGAAAUUAGGAGUCUUCAGAAACACUGGCACGCGAAUGUAGCGAAAAGAGCUAAUUUUGUUGACAAGAAAUUACAACAGAUGGAAUCGUUCGUGCGGUUCCGAUGUCAAGAUGAGUUAUUUUCCAAUAUGAUGGCGAGACCUUUCGGUAGUGGGAGAGAUAACGAAGAGCAGAAAUACAGUCGAGCACAGGACGGAUCAGAUGAUGACGAGCCUGAGCCGAAAAAGAAAAUGCAGAAAAAAGGGAAGUUCGCUAAAAAGCACGAGGAUCAGAAAGAACAUGCAAUUCCAGUCAACUUUACAACACCGACCGGAUCGCUGUUUCCCGAAAACUCCUUUAAUUUAGUUUACGAGAAGGUUAUAAUCACUUACGAUGAACCUGAACAGCCCUCACCCUUCGGUGGCCAUGGAGGCCCUGGGUCAGUGUUGGGUCAACAUGGUGGGCCAGGUUCUGUACUGGGACCUGGCUCUAUUAUGGGUCCGUCUAGCAUCGUCGGACCAAACAGUUUGCUCGGACCUUCAUCGAUGAUUGGCGGAUCUCAUCAAGGGCACAGUAUGAUGCACAGCAAUCAAGGUCCUGGCUCCAUGGACAUGAACCCUGGCUCUGUGGGCCCGAAUCUUGCUGUUCCCAUGACACCUCUGAACUUUGAACAGCAAAGCUAUCGAGAUGCAAACCAUAUGCCAGCUUCAAAUCUGCCAGCAGCUAUGAUGCCAGCCACACCAGCAAGCGCCAUUGAUAUUCCGAUGCCGACCUUACAGAACAUUGUGUCGACUGUUAAUCUUGGUGUCCCCCUCGACCUAAAAAAGAUCGCAUUACAUGCUCGUAACGCCGAAUAUAAUCCAAAACGUUUUGCCGCCGUAAUUAUGCGUAUUCGAGAACCGCGAACUACGGCACUCAUCUUUUCUAGUGGUAAAAUGGUCUGCACUGGAGCUAAGUCUGAAGAUGCUAGCAGGCUCGCGGCCAGGAAGUAUGCACGGAUUGUUCAAAAAUUAGGAUUCGAUGCAAAAUUUACGGAAUUUAAGGUGCAAAAUAUGGUAGGAUCGUGUGACGUCCGAUUUCCCAUUCAAUUAGAAGGACUUUGUGUGACGCACACUCAGUUCAGUACAUAUGAGCCGGAGCUUUUCCCCGGAUUGAUUUAUCGGAUGGUUAAACCUCGUGUCGUGUUGUUGAUUUUUGUCUCGGGCAAGGUUGUGAUCACAGGAGCUAAAUUCAAGAAAGAUAUCGACGACGCCUUCAGUCAGAUCUAUCCAAUUUUGAAAGGAUUCAAGAAGUAA